GCUGCUUUUUAUUCUCUCUCACAGCAGCGGCGGCUAAUGCUAAUGCUAACUAGCUCACGAUGGCCGGACAGGAGGAUCCAGUGCAAAGGGAGAUUCACCAAGACUGGGCGAACCGAGAAUAUAUCGAAGUGAUCACCAGCAGCAUUAAGAAAAUAGCCGAUUUCCUCAAUUCCUUCGAUAUGUCCUGGCAGGUCUCGUUUAGGGCCACUUUGAAUGAGAAGCUCACUGCUUUGGAGAGGAUUGAGUACAUCGAAGCCAGAGUAUGUUAUCAUGAAUUUCAAAAAUAUAUUUUCGUCUUAAAAUUAUUUCCAUUUUUUUUUUAUUAACCAUCACUUUACUUACUGUUUUAAGGUCACAAAAGGGAAACCUUGACUUAGACAGCCCCGGAAAUCGACGCUGAUGUCAAGAUAUGGCUACAAACACGCACCUCCUGUCUUCAUCAUUUACUUUAAUUAGUCAAUUUAAUUUCCAUUAGUUGGCUGUUUUCAGAUUAGUUCAUUUUUGUAUGGGACCAUUGUGAUGAUAAAUAUGCUGUAAACAGAUAUUUGCUUUCCUCAUUUCAUGCCUAAUUGUGGCUGAAGUUAUACUGUAUCUGGUCCUUAAGUUUUAUUGACUUUUUUUUGAUCUGUCAGGCAACCUGUUACUGUCUCUGUGGUGCUUGCCUUUGCGAACAUCCCUAUGUUGUAUGUUGUUUGGGUUUGACCUGCUAUUAAACAACUGUUGAACUUACUUUGACAUACCAUGCAAUAUAUAUCGACAGUCUUGCAAUUGCAGACUGGAAUUAACCAUGAAUAAACAUUAUGCCUUGCUUUUGUUUUAAUUAUUGAUAGCUAAUAAUUUGUUUGAUUUCCCCUUUCCAUUGCAUUUUACCAGAGUCUAAACUUAUUGUUUAAUUACAAAGGUGUGUGUUUAAAAUACACUGCUUCCUGCUGUACAUUUAUCAUGCAACAAACAUCUGCACAUGAGAAAUGGCAGUCAGGUGGAUGGAAAGCACUAAAGUGCCAAUCAGACUGUUUUAAAGUGUUUAGUGCUUCUCUUCAAUUACACAAUUUUAUGUCGUAGUGUCUGUUAUAAUGUUUUUGUUGUUGAACAUUAAAUAAAAAAUGGCAAAGA